AUGGCCCAGCCCACACAUUCUGGUUGUGCCCCCGAGCCCAACUUCGCUGGCAGCACGUGCUCGACCUAUGGUUUACCCCGACCCACCAUCCCAGACCCCGCCAUAUUCAUCGCUUCAAUUCUCCAAGGCGCCCAGCUCCCUCCGGCGCCAUGGCUUACCAGCUCGGCGAAUUGGUCCACCCACGGGAUUGCCCAGGACCAUCUAGGCCACCAAGCUUGGCAACUCGUGCGAGCGCUCACCCUUCGACAACUAUGGAAUGACUGGUGUGCCGCCUAUCACAACAACAUCCUUCUCCUCCCCGAAAAUGGGGUGACAGUCGUGGAA